AUGUUUGCCAGUCCCGAGAUGGAGAAGCAGCUUCCAACGGACACUACCUACUCGGUCAAAGGUGAAAUAGUCGAAGCCGGAGCCACCAGCCAAGUCAUCUACAUUGACCCUGAGAAAGAGAAGGCUGCUUUCAGGAAAUUUGACAAAUAUGUGGUCCCUGCCUCAUUCAUCUUCAUGGUUCUUUGCGCUUUGGACAGAAACAAUCUGGGAAAUGCUCGUGUCUUUGGUUUCGACGAGGAUAUUGGUCUCCACGGUCGCCAAUUCGGCGACAUCAACACCUUUUCUAGCCUUACCACCAUGCUCUUCGAAGUGCCUUGGGUUUUGGCUGUUAGGCGAUUCGGGGCUAAUAAGGCCCUUGGAACCGCAUUUUGCAUCUGGAGUGCCUCUACCUUGGGUACCGCCUUUGUGCAGAACUACGCCCAAGCUAUCGUUUGCCGUAUGCUUGUGAACGCCGCUGGAGGUGGUCUUGAGCAGGGAUUCGCAUACCUCUUUUCCACUAUAUAUCCACGGCACCUUGCAGGUAAGCGAAUCAUCACGAACAAUUUGGCAAUGUGUGUCUCUGGUGCUUUUGGCGGGCUCUUCGCAUGGGCUAUCCAACAGAUGGGGACACAAAGGGGCCUUGCAGCUUGGAGAUGGUUGUUUAUCGUCGAGUUCGGCAUUACCAUUGUCGUCGGAGGGACAUGCUGGAUCUUUCUUCCUAAAUCGGCGGAGUCAGCUUGGUUCCUAAAUGCUGAAGAGAAGGAAACAAUGCGGCUACGUAAGGAGCGCGACGCCAUGUUUCGAGGAGCCGGCAAAUUUGACCGCAGAUGGAUUAAGAUUGCCCUCCUCGAACCUUUUGUCUACCUCCUUGGUAUUGCCUUCUUUACAUCUUCUGUGGCCAUCAAUGGGUUCAAUAUCUUCUUACCGACUAUCCUCGCCGGCCUUGGAUACGCUAACCUACACGUCAAUUACAUGACCAUUCCGGUAUAUAUCGUUGGAGCUGCCUCUCUCGUUACUGUCGUCUACCUCUCGGACAGAUUCAAGCGUCGUGGGAUAUUCAUAAUAGGAUGCUGCGUUCCUGUUGUGAUCGGAUACCUCAUAGCCGUUGGAACCCCUAACGCACACGCUGGCUAUGCGGCCAUGUUUGUGCUUGUCCUUGGAAUCUAUCCCAUCUCCACCCUUGCCGUCACUUGGGCAGCUGGUACCCUGGCGCCAGACGAUAAACGUGCCUUUGGUAUGCCUCUCGCCAGCUCGAUUGGAAACCUCUCCAAUUUUGUCUCGUCCCAGCUCUAUCCAACUCAGCAAGGCCCACGGUACAUUCAGGGUAAUGGCGUUUCUGCUGGUCUGACUGUCGUAGCUGCAUUUCUUUACGCCUCCUGCUGGCUUUUGUUGAGAACCAGGAACAAGAAGAAGGAGAAGCUGAUUGCAGAGGGAGCUACCACGAACGGUCUCGAAGGGGACCAGGGUCUUGACCACAAGUAUAUUCUUUGA